AUGUUUGCGAAAAAGACGAACGGGGGCGCUCCGCUAUCAGCCCCGGAUGCGCCUGAUGCGGAAUCACCUUCAUCGCAAGAACUUGAUGACAUCUGGGAUAGCAACGCUGUAGUGCCAGAGACUGUCACAGGAUGCGUUCAUGAUUUGGUUUCUGAGGUAGCGCAAAGACAACCAGAUGCCCUCGCGGUUUGCGCGUGGGAUGGAGAUUUUACCUAUGCUCAACUAUCCGCCUUGAGCGAUCAUGUUGCUCAUCAUCUCUGUGAAAUGGGCAUUCCCCAGAAGUCCCCAGUCGCCCUUCUUUUCCCUAAGUCACGAUGGACAUGUGUUGCCAUGUUAGGUAUCAUCAAAGCCGGAUGCGCGGCGAUUGCUCUUGAUUCCACCCAUCCAGAUGCGAGACUUCGAUCUAUUAUUAGGCAUGCGCAGCCAAAGGUUAUGAUCUGCUGUGCAGCUACUCGAAACAGAGUAUCUCUCUUGGGAGAUUCACCUAUCCUUCAGCUCGACAAUAGUUUGUUGGAGACUGCAGGUACCGUAAAACAGCACACGGUCGAUUUACCUGUGGUAUCAUCGAAAGACAUAGUCUAUAUAUCUUUUACCUCCGGAACUACCGGCGAGCCCAAAGGAGCGUGUAUUUCCCAUGCCAACGUGAGAAGUGCGGUAAAUCACCAGGGGAAAGCUCUUGGCUUCCAUCGAGAGUCGCGCGUCUUCGACUUUGCACCCUACUCCUUUGAUGUGGCCUGGAGUAAUGUUCUUCACACGCUGUGCGCAGGCGGUUGUCUGUGCGUUGCCAACGAGCAAGAUAUGGUGAAUAACUUAUCAGCUGCUAUCAUGGCUUUUGCGGCUACUCUGAUCAACGUCACUCCCACUGUUCUGCGAACAAUUAGUUCGGUCCCACCAACACUUCAAACUGUACUUUUGAGUGGAGAGAUGCCAUAUCGAGAGAAUGUGACUCAAUGGGCUGGCCGUGUUCGCCUACUCAAUACAUAUGGUCCCACUGAGUGUACCUGGAAAUGUACCUUCUCACACCUCAAUCGCUGCGAGGAAGGCCGGCCGGAUAUUGGGAGAGGAAUAGGAUUCUGCCUCUGGAUUGUCAACCCCAACGAUAGCAGCCAGCUUGUUCCCCCUGGCACUCCGGGAGAACUGUACCUCGAGGGACCCAUGGUUGGCCAGGGGUACUUGUUCAAUCAAGAAAAGACUAGCGAAGCUUUCAUUGACAAUCCACCAUGGCUUUUAUCUGGCAGCUCUGCUGUUCCGGGACGGCAAGGCCGUCUUUACAGGACCGGGGACUUAGUUAAGACCCGCUCGGAUGGAAGCAUCCUGUUCCUAGGGCGGAAAGAUGUCUCUCAAUUGAAGAUCAGAGGUCAACGGAUUGAAAUUGGCGAUGUCGAGCACCAUGCGCGUGCUUGUUUGAAUGAUACACUGACGAUCAUUGCGGACAUCGUGCUCCCGAAGGGAACCGAUACUGCAUUGCUUGCGCUCUUUGUGCAAACUAGGAGUGAGAACUCCGAGACUGUCAAGACUGUGAUGAAUAAUCUUGUGUGCGAUUUAGACGGUGUGUUGCCAGCAUUUAUGCUUCCCGGAAUCUAUAUUCCCGUCGAAGAGAUACCGGUGGCUGCCACGGGCAAAGUCGACCGGCGAAAACUGCGAGAUCUUGGAGAUAGCUUGUCCUUGGAGCAGCUUCUUCAAUUACAGUCAACUAUUCUGCCAGUUCAAGAACACCGUGACCCAUCAACCGUCAUGGAGGAGCAGCUCCGUGGACUCUGGGCGCACGUAUUAAACAUACCAUCGACUGGAAUUAGUGUCACAGAUAGUUUCCUCCGUCUAGGAGGGGAUUCUAUUGCAGCCAUGCUGUUGGUCGCGGCAGCACGGAAUGCAAGUUUAUCCAUCACUGUGGCAGAUGUGUUCAAGAGUCCAGUGUUGAGUGAUCUUGCGCUCAUUAUGAAGGAAGAUUCUUUCUCCUCUGAAACGGAAGGAAUUAUCCCAUUCUCCCUAAUGGACUGUCCUGCCAAUACCCAAGAAAUGCGCGAGGAGGCUGCUAGACUAUGUAAUGUCGAAUUAGCUCAAGUGGAAGAUGUAUAUCCGUGCACCGCGCUCCAACAGGGCAUGCUCUCUAUCACAGCGCGAGGUGAGACCAAUAACGUUGCACGGACACUGUUCGAACUUCCUAGUCACACAGAUAUCUCCCGGUUCGAAAAGGCAUGGCUAAGCACCGUUCGCCAAGCAUCGAUCUUGCGAACACGGGUCAUCGACCUAACCAGCAAUGAUCUUGUUCAAGUUGUUGUCGAAUCUCCCAUCAUGCUGGGCCGAUAUGAUAAUAUCAACGACUUUAUCGAAGAUCCCAUUCCAAUGGGAUUGGGCGUCCCUCUGUGUCGCGCUGGCCUGGUUUCUGGAAACUCUCCCAGUCUGAUUGUUGAAAUGCACCAUUCAAUAUUCGAUGGCUGGUCUACUAAGCUGAUAUUGGAUGCCAUUGAAGCUGAAUACCAUGGGAAGAUGGCCCCUGCAUCUAUCCUGCCCUUCCAGUCAUUUGUCAAACAUACAAAAGGGAUGAAUAAGGAAACAUCCUUGCUCUAUUGGAAGACCUACCUGGACGGAGGGUCUGAAACGAAGACUUUCCCGUCUCCGGGGUAUCGACCAGGGGAAAAGCUUGACUUUAACCACAACGUCUCUGAGAUGCCGUGGGCACAUUCUGGAACCACACCUUCAUCGGUGGUUAGAGCAGCAUUGGCCCUGUUACUGGCCUCAUACACCAAUUCCAACGAUGUUAGGUAUGGCGCCACGAUCAGUGGACGACAGGCUUCUGUGGCUGGGAUAGAACGAGUUGCAGGUCCGACAAUCGCAACUGUGCCAGUCCGCGCUAAAUUUGACUGGAAUCAAACAGUCGAGAGCUGGCUUGAACAGGUCCAAAGACAGGCAGUGGAGGCGACUGAGCACGAACAGCUGGGGCUGCAGCACAUUGCUGGACUGGUUGAAGAUGCCAACCUUUUCCAGCUGCUCCUGGUAGUCCAGCCGGCUCAGCAGGCAAACACUCACGACGUGGAAGGUCUUUUCAGCCGUGUGAGCAGUGUUGUUAGCAGUUCUGAUCAACCCGGCAGUUUGAAAGUCGUUUGCAAGGAUGGAGAAGCCGACACUGUGGGCAUGUACAACCCAUAUGCGAUGAUGAUUAUCUGCCAAUUGCACGAGUCUGGAGUUGAACUGAAGAUCAACUUUGAUUCUGGUGCCAUCGCAGUCAAACAAGUCCAAAGAAUGUCAAUACAAUUUGAACAUUUGCUGCGACAGCUAUGUUCAGAGGAGUGUACUCAGAUGAACCUACGCGAUAUAACUGUUGCUACCAAGGACGACUUGGCUGAUAUUUGGUCAUGGAACGCAGCGCGAAUUGAGCCCAAAUUUCAAUCGAUCACUGAUGGUAUUUAUCGGCAAAGCGAGUCGAAGCCAGAAGCAGUUUUGAUAUCUGCGUGGGACCAGCAGUUCACAGCCCAACAGGUGCAGGCCUGGUCUGGAACGCUUGCUGGUCGACUUCUCCACAAAGGUGUACUUCCUGGCUCGAUUGUUAUCCUGGCCUUUGAGAAAAGCGCUUGGCAGGCAGUGAUGAUGCUUGCAGCCCUCCAAAUCGGUGCAAUUGUUCUGCCGAUGUCUGUACCAGUUUCCAAAACUCGCGCCCUGCAAGUCGUUGAGAGCUUGCAGCCCCAUAUUGUUGUUACCUCCACGUCAUCUGAUUUGUCUCCAUUUCACACGUUGACCCCAGUGCUCAGUAUCACUGACCUCACCAUGCCGGAAAGAAAAGGGUCCGAUGUUAUUCAAUCACCGCCAUAUUGCCAUCUGCCCAGUGACCCUGCUCUUAUUCUGUUUACCUCUGGAUCUACAGGGACACCAAAGGCUAUUGUGUGGAGUCACAGCGCCUUAUCAACCAACAUUCAAGCCGCAAUCAUGGCAUUUGGACUAACCGAUACCAGCCGAGUCCUCCAGUUUGCCGGUUAUGAUUUUGAUGUGAGUACAGUGGAGACUUUGUCUACCUUGAUUGCUGGAGGUUGCUUGUGCAUCCCAUCGGAGACAGACCGAAGGAAUCGGCUGACCGACGCAAUAAAUGGCUACAACGCCAAUUGGAUGUGCCUCACCCCGUCUGUGUCAGAGACCAUGAACCCGGGCAAUUUGUCAUCUAUGCAAACAGUGGUAUUUGCGGGCGAAAAGCUCGAGCACAAAACUGCUCUUCGCUGGCUUGACAAACACAAGAUUGUACAUAACUGGUACGGGCCAGCGGAAGCCUCGGUCGCCACUUCGUGCCUUGUAAGUCCCGACAGCUGGCGUCCAGGUAUGAUUGGGCAAGGUCGUGCCGGGCUAGCAUGGCUUGUCGACCCGAAAAACCCGAACUUACUGGCUCCAGUGGGAGCAGUGGCUGAGUUGUGUAUGGAGGGCUCUAUGCUAGCUCGGUAUGCUGGAGCCAAUGGCGCUGUGUUGAACAACGAGAGUUUUAUUUCCCCAUCGUGGCUGCAAGAUGGCCACUGGAAGACCCCUGGUCGACCAGGUCCAGUCUAUCGUACCGGGGAUCUAGUUACCUACGACUCGGAUGGCCGUAUCAUCUACCUUGGGCGUCUCCAAGACUCUCAGCGAAAGAUCCGAGGUCAGCGCAUUGACUUGGGUGAAAUAGAGCGGUGUAUUCAAGACUUCUUGACUGGUCUAAUGGACACAAUGCUUGUCGCAGAGAUAUUUUCUCCUGCCGGCGGUGACAACGAUACUUUGGCCCUCUUCAUCAGUCCCACUGAUGCCGUUCGCCGCGCAGACCCUCAAGCAUACCUUCAAAGUGCAUGGCCAGUUGAUGCUUUAGAGAAUCACCUUGCCAGCAUUCUCCCAUCGUAUAUGAUUCCCAGGGUGUACAUACCGCUUAGUGAACUUCCUAUCGGUCCGACUGGAAAGACAGACAGGCGACGAUUACGAGAGAUUGGAGGUUCCCUCACAUUGGCACAAUUGGCAAACAUGCAACCGACCCGAAAACAAGCCAGAAAGGUGAACACAGAUAAUGAGGAACUAUUGCAGCAAAUGUGGGCUCAUGUGCUGGGGGUUGAGCCGGAUGUCAUCUAUGCGACCGACCACUUCCUUCGCUUGGGAGGAGACUCGAUCAGCGCCAUGCGGCUCGUUGGAAUGGCCCGCACCCAGGGCUACUCCCUCACUGUUGCCGAUGUGUUCGAUUUUCCCGAACUAGAGAUGAUGGUCGAGAAAAUGGUCCACGGUGAGGAUCAUGCGGACAUGCAAGAUGUUCCAGCAUUCUCCCUUCUACCCCUGGGGGUAGACGAGUCAUACUGUCGAUCAUAUGUUGCCCAAAUUUGCUCAGUCUCCCAAGAUCAAGUUCUCGAUGUCUACCCCUGUACAGCACUUCAGGAGGGAUUGCUGGCGCUGGGAGCCAGAAGACAAGGACAAUACGUAUCUCGUAGUGUGUUGCCACUUCAAGACGACAUUGAUCCAGACCGACUCAAAAGUGCCUGGAAAAAGACAAUCGCCAAACUGUCCAUUAUGCGAACCCGAAUCGUGGAUCUCCCCGGCAAAGGGCUUGUGCAGGUUGUCCUCAAUGACACACCCUGGAGAUCUGGCCAAAAUAUCCAGCAGUACUUGCACAACGAUGAAACAGAGCCGAUGGCACUAGGGACCCAGCUCUGCCGUGCAGCCAUCAUCGAUCGCACGUUUAUCUUCACCAUUCAUCACUGCUUGUACGAUGGCAGCUCACUGCCCAUGGUGCUCCAAGAACUCCAGGCCCAGUAUUACGACCAACCAGGAAGGACUGUCACUGGAGUAGAGCAUUUUAUUCGCCAUUUGAGUCAGAUCAAUCCUCAGGAAUCAGACGAUUUCUGGAAGGCGCAGCUGUCUCGUGCUGAGUUCCGUUCAUUCCCCAUCCUGCCAUCCAGCACGUACGAGCCGCAAGCCAGUGACUUCAUGGAGCAUCCGAUUGCCCUGGACUGGCCUUCCAAGGGAGCGACCCCAUCCACAAUCCUUCGUGCAGCGUGGGCAGUCCUCGCAUCACAGUAUGUGGCCUCCAGUGAUGUCAUCUUCGGAGUGACAGUAAGUGGACGACAGGCAAAUAUAAACGGCAUGGAGAACUGCGUAGCACCAACUAUUGCAACGGUUCCAAUUGCUGUAUCAAUUGAUUGGGAGAAUACGGUCGAGACAUUCCUUCAAGGCCUCCAAAGACAGGGCCUGGACAUCAUGUCCUAUGAGCAAUACGGCUUGCCAAACAUUCAGCGAGCUAACGGAGACCGCAAUGCCGGGUUGUUCCAGACUUUGCUGGUGAUCCAGCCAAUAGCCACGGGGAACAGUUUACAUGAAGACAGCCGAUUGUUCAAGGCACGCAGCUUUGCGUCCAAUUUGAGCACUUUGGGGAUCGAUCCUUUCAAUGUAUAUGGCUUGAUGGUCAUCUGUCAACUUACUUCCUCGGGGCUUAACCUUCAAAUGAGCUUUGACCCAAAGAUCACCGACAAGCGGCAGAUUAAACAAAUUGUUUAUCAGCUGGAGACAGUCAUUCGCCAAUUGUGUACAAAGUCCCCCGACAGGACGACACUAAAAUCCAUUCAGACAACAAGUGAGCUCGAUCUGGAGCGCUUCUGGGCGCAGAACGCAGACCUACCCUCAGACCCCACAACGUUUGUACAUGACAAAAUUAGUCUGUGUGCCAAAGCGGACCCCGAGGCUAUCGCAGUUGAUGCAUGGGACGGCCAGUUUACAUACGGCGAGCUGGAUCAGGUUUCUACCGUUGUUGCGCGCAAGUUGAUCUUGCAUCUGGGAGUGAAGAAAGGGUCCGUUGUGCCCUUAUGCUUUGUCAAGUCUCGAUACAUGCCACUAGCUCAGGUUGCAGUCUGGAAAGCUGGUGCAGUGACCCUGCUACAAUCAGCAGACAUGCCAGAGCAGAGAAUGAAUCGUACUUUCCAGCACCUUCGGGUAGAAGUUGCCCUGGCUUCACCCGAGCGCUUGACGACGGUCUCGAAGUACGCUCGCUGUAUUACCAUGGAGCAAAUAUUGGACACUCCAUUGGAAGAAAUUAUCACGCCACUACCAUUGCUCGAGAUGGAUAGCCCGGCCUCAAUUCUGGUGUCCUCCGGUAGCACGGGUGAACCAAAACAUGUUCUUUGGAGUCACAGAGCUCUGGCUGCAAACGCAGAGGAACCGACCCUGCGUUUGUUGGUAACCCCCUCUUCACGCAUCUUCCAAUUUUCAUCGUACGAUUUCGAUGUCGCCACCCUGGAAACAAUCAUUGGGCUGACUCACACUGCUUGUCUUUGUAUUCCAUCAGAAGCUCAACGUCUCGAUGGCAUUGCGGCUGCAAUCAAUCACUUCGGUGCGAAUUGGGCCUUUAUCACCCCGUCCACCGCCCGGUUGCUGCAUCCUCAAGACGUACCAGGGCUGUCCACUAUCGUGAUGGGAGGUGAAAAUGUGUUGCAGAGUGAUGUCGAAAGGUGGAAAGGGUACUGUUCUGUCCGCAAUUGGUACGGGCCUGCAGAAUUCCCUGCAGUUACUGUCUACCCGGCCGAUGAGCCCAAUUGGUCCAGCGGUGUGAUUGCACGCAUUGACUCGUGCCGCUGCUGGCUUGUAGAUCCUCAAAACCGCCACAGACUCGUUCCAUUUGGUGCGAUCGGUGAGAUCGUGGUACAGGGACCUGCACGCGCGAGUGGCUAUGUCGGAAAUGCUUCUCUCACAGAAAAGCACUUCUACCAAAAUCCCACAUUCCUGUCUCGAGGUUUCGGAAGUGCUCACCCAGGCAGGCAGGGCUGUGUCUAUCGAACAGGUGAUUUGGCCCGAUACGAUUCCGACGGCUAUCUGGUGUUCUUGGGGCGGAAGGAUUCUCAACUCAAGGUGCUUGGUCAACUAGUGGUGCCCAAGGAGGUCGAGACCCAGAUUCAAAAAUGCCUCGAUCGGCCAGGCAAGCUCACUGAGGUCAUAGUCGAUGCCAUCUCGCCCCCAAGUGGAGGCGGAGUGAUGCUCGUUGGGUUCAUCGUCACACAGGAGGAUAUCAACCAAUUAACGAGUGGACUCAGCCAGAAGCUUCAGGCGGUUCUUCCUCGCUAUGCAGUCCCCUCGUGGUAUAUUGCACUUCAAAGCGUUCCUUUGACUACUAACGGGAAACGAGAUCGAAGGCGGCUCCUCGAGAUUGCUGCGUCGUCCACUCCAUCCAGCCAAAGAUCCACGGGGCGGCUCCCAGUCUCGACCGCUGAGAUCACUUUAGCGAAGCUGUGGUCUCUUACUCUAGGGACAGAGCCGGAGACAAUCUCGGCCACCGACAGUUUUCUGCAGGUUGGAAACUCUAUUGAUGCCAUGCGGUUAGUAGGUACCGCUCGCCAACACGGCCUGUUGCUCACUGUCGCCGGAGUGAUGGAAUUUCCAAUCUUAGAAGAGAUGGCCACCCUGCUGAAAAACCUCGAGGAUGCACCAGAUGAGAACAUUGAGCCAUUUACGCUGUUAGAUUCUGGCCGAGACAAGAAGCUUGCCCGUCAGCAAGCAGCAUUCGCUUGUGCUGUCGAUGAGGCCGACAUUGAAGAUUUAUUUCCUUGCACUUCUCUCCAGACAGGUUUGCUAGCUUUAACAAUCAAGUCCCGCGGGGAUUACACUGGUCGCAAUGUGCAGGAGCUAGGUCCUUCGAUAGAUGCCCACCGCUUCAAGCACGCGUGGGAAGAGCUGGUCCGCAUUGUGCCUAUCCUCCGCACACGCAUUGUCGAUAUUCCUGGGCAGGGAUUUGCUCAAGUCGUGAUCCGAGAGAAAACUGCUUGGAGCAAGGCCGAAAGCGUGGAAGAAUACAUGAGCCAGGAUCGCCAGUCUCCCAUGGGGUUGGGAACACCUCUCAUGCGUUGUGGAUUGUUUUCAUGCAAGUCAACCAAUGAAACAUCUGGUGCUUCCGGUCCAGUGCGCUGGUCCUUUGCAUUAACUAUGCAUCAUUCGAUAUAUGAUGGGCCGGCUUCAGCUAUGAUAAUGGGCACGCUGAAGAGUCUUUACGAUGGGGAAACACCGCUUCGACUGUGUCCCUUCCAGUCUUUCGUCAAGUACAUCUCCAGUCGGAAUAAAGACGCCGGAGUCAAAUUUUGGAAAACACAAUUUGAAGGCUGUGAAGCUUCGCAAUUUCCACUACUCCCUUCGGCUAGUUAUCAGCCAAGAACGAAUUCCACCAGAACUGUUCUAAUCGACGAUAUUAAAUGGCGAACUGAUGGGUUCACUCCUUCAACCAUCAUCCGCGCAGCAUUCAGCCUCGUGUGCGGUCAAUAUGCAAUCUCGUCCGACGUGGUGUUUGGCACAGUUGUCAUGGGCCGCAAAGCUCCCAUUCAAGGCACGGAGAGGAUCGCAGGUCCAACCAUUGCCACAGUUCCUGUGCGUGUGCAGAUCAAAAGUGAUGCCACUAUUCUACAAUUUCUCCAAUCUAUCCAGGACCAAGAGCGAGAGAUGGUCCCUCAUGAGCAAACAGGAUUGUCAAACAUCCGGCAAAUUAGCACUCUGGCAGAAGAGGCAUGUCGCUUCCAGACCUUGCUCGUGAUCCAACCACCUGAGCAGGCUAUGGAUGAUACUGGCUUAUUUAUCCCUCGGUCUGCUGAACAGGAUGAGGCCACCCGAUACCAUAGCUUCAGCUCUUAUGCGUUAUCGGUAGUGUGCAACCUCGAGACAGGUCGGUUGAGGGUCGAAUUUUGCUAUGACUCUGCCAUUAUCCAGUCAGAAACCAUUCAAACCAUGGCAGCCCACCUGGAUCAGGCCCUUCGGAGCAUGUGCACACAUAAAUUGCCCCACACAACGCUAGGCGAUGUCAACAUGAUGACACAGUCUCAUCUCAAUGAUAUCUGGACCUGGAACUCAAAGUUGCCUGCCGCUAUAGAUCGAUGCAUGCAUGAUCUAAUUAAAGAAGUUGUACAACGCCAGCCAGACAUAGUGGCUAUCUCUGCGUGGGAUGGUAGUUUAACAUAUGCUGAGUUAGACCGGCUGUCAACCAGGCUUGCAGGUCACCUAGUGCGGAUGGGGGUGAAAAAGAACAUGAUUGUGCCGCUCUGCUUUGAAAAAAGCUUGUACGCCAUGCUCGCCGUCCUCGCCGUUAUAAAAGCCGGUGGUGCCACUCUUCUCUUGGAUCCAUCACUGCCAGACUCUCGUCUUGAUGGUAUAUUACAACAGGUAAACCCCACUGUGUUAUUAUCAUCAAUCUCUCAAGAACAGCGCUGUUCACGAUGGGUGGCUCAUCCAGUGGUCUUGGGCAAGGGAUCCACCUUAUUUGAGACUAAUGCGACAAAUGGGACCACCGAAAGUCAUGACCUACCGUCUGUAUCUUCAGAUGACCUUUUGUACACCGUCUUUACAAGUGGCAGCACCGGAACCCCCAAAGGGUGUCUCAUGCAUCACCAACAAUUCACCAGUGCAGUAGUCCACCAGCAAGCCACGCUUGAAAUGAACUCAACUACACGUCUCUACGAUUUUUCAUCCUACUCCUUUGAUGCUGUCUACUGGUGCCUCUUUCACGUAUGGAACGCCGGAGGCACGUUAUGUAUCCCCAGCGAGGAAGAACGGAAAAGCGAUCUGACCGAGAGCGUGCGCCGGUUUGAGACCACGCACAUUUUUUUAACCCCCUCCACUGCGCGGUGGAUAGACCCGCAGCGUACUCCUACCCUGCGGUAUCUCUUUCUUGGGGGUGAGGCGGUCUUGCCAGAGGAUCUCGCUCGAUGGUCCCCACAUGUCAACACAUUUGAGGUAUAUGGACCCUCGGAAUGUUCCGCUAUUACGCUCUAUCAUCGAGUUCCUAAGACUAAAUCUGCCGCCGUGCACUCUAUCGGGAAGGGUAUUGGCGUUCUGACCUGGGUGGUGGACCCCGGGGACCAGGACCGACUGGCACCUCUUGGAACGGUAGGUGAGCUAUAUCUCGAGGGACCCCUAGUGGGACAAGGUUACUUCCAGAAUGAAGAGAAAACAGCAGCUGCCUUCAUUGAGAAUCCACACUGGUUAGGUCAGGGCUCCCCUGAUGGAACAGUGCCGGGACGGCGUGGCCGGAUGUAUAAGACUGGUGACCUUGUCAAAUAUCAUCCACUCACUGGAAAUCUCGCGUUCGUGGGCCGAAAGGAUACACAGGUCAAACUGCGAGGCCAACGCAUCGAGCUUGCAGAUGUUGAGCAUCAUGUCAUGCAUUGCUUAAUGGAUCGAUCUUCGUCAAAAGCUGCGCCGACAGCAAUUGCAGAGGUUAUAGAGCCAAUAGCCACAGGUCGGCCAAUGCUUGCCGUUUUUAUCGACUGCGAGCAAGCACAGUUGGCCGACUUAUUGCCUUAUCUCGAAGCUGAGUUGCCGAGUCGGGUUCCAUCCUACAUGGUGCCCGCAACAUACAUCGCGGUUCCCUCUAUGCCCAUGGCGGCGAGUGGCAAGACAGAUCGACGACGGUUGCGCGAGAUAGGUUCCAAUUUGACUCUGGAACACUUGGCACCCAGAGACGCCGCAACCACGUUGCCUCCCAGCACAGCCUCUGAGUGCCACCUACAAAGUUUGUGGGUUGAAGUCCUCGGUGUACCCGCCGAGAAGAUUGGGGCUGAAAGCAGCUUCGUUCGUCUGGGCGGCGACUCCAUUUCGGCGAUGCGAUUAGCCGCGUUGGCUCGUAUGCAAGGACUAGGCUUGUCGGUUCACAAUAUUCUCACAACGCCUCGAUUGUCGGAGAUGGCACAGACAAUGUCUGCCUUGACUUCAAAAGACAUCAAGGAGAUGGAAGCGAUCAAGCCUUUCUCUCUCUUGAAGCACCCCUCAGAACAAAAUGUUAUCUUGCAUGACUUCGCAAGCCAGUGCCACAUCCACGUCAGCCAAAUUGAAGACAUAUUCCCAUGCACGGGUGUCCAAAAGUCGCUGCUCUCCAUGACCGCCAAACGCGCCAACUCCUAUGUCGCUCGACUCUUGCUCAAACUGAGGAAGAAUGUCGAUGAGUCACGGCUCGUGAAUGCGUGGGAAAUGGUGAGCAGAGCUUCUGCCCCCAUUCUUCGAUCACGAAUUGUGGACUGUCCAAUGGAGGGGCUCAUACAAGGUACCGUGGAUGAGCCGCUACACUGGGAUGUCACUCAACCACUGCAGCAUUAUCUUCAAGAAUAUCAAACCAGACCCAUGGGUCUGGCUACCCCGUUGACUCGCCUAGCCAUUGUGGAAGAUGAACACAGCCAGGAGCGUUAUUGUCUGCUCACUCAGCAUCAUGCGAUAUAUGAUGGCUAUUCAUUGAACCUUCUCGUGGACGAGGUGUCCAAGGCUUAUGACGGCGUCCUUGAUGAGCAUGCCCCAGUAGCAUCAUUCCAAGCUUUUAUCAAGCAUGUCAUGGCGGUGGAUUCUGAGAAAGCAAAGGAGUUCUGGGGUCAUGAAUUUGCAGAUUUUGAGGCAAUCCCCUUUCCAGCAUUGCCUCAUGCGGAUCAUCAACCCAAAGCAGAUAGCACAGUACGACGCAAUUUGGAGGCAUUCCAGUGGCCACAGCGAGAUUGCACUCCGUCAACUAUCAUUCGUGCAUCGUGGGCCAUCCUUACUGCGCGGUACAUGGACUCGGACGAUGUAGUUUUCGGCGCCAUGGUCACGGGCCGGCAAGCUCCUCUUCAAGGUCUGGACCGCAUGGUGGCACCUCUUAUAAAUGCUGUGCCUGUCCGAGUCAAACUUGACUUCCAAGAAUCGGUUGAUAGUCUGCUCACUAAAAUCCAGAAGCAGUCCAUCGACAUGAUUGCCUACGAACAGACUGAGCUGCUCACAAUUCGACGCAUUGAUACAAACACCGAUCGCGGAAGCCGAUUCAAUACUCUUCUCGUUGUUCAGCCUGCAAGUCAAGGCUCGUCUGACGAUCAUCCUAAUGGCCCCUACGAGCAUCCCAGAAAGCUAGUCUCCGCCACUCAGGAUCUAGAUGACUCCAAUCCAAAUGCUAUCAUGAUCAUGUGCCAGCUCACGAACACGAAUGGUCUACAGCUUGAGUUCAGCUUUGAUUCCAGUGUGGUGGAUGCAGCGCAGAUGGAACGAAUUGCCUCUCAAUUUGAACACGUCUUGCGUCAAGUGUGUAUGGCAACGACACAGCCUGUCGAUCACAUUCAAACCCUCAGUGGUGCCGAUAUUGCAGAGCUAUGGGAAUGGAACUCGUCUGUUCCCCAGGCAAUCUCUGAAUGUGUGCACGGCCUAAUUACUGCAACUGCGCAGAAAUAUGGAGGGCAGCCAGCAAUCUGCGCCUGGAACGGCAAUUUAACUUAUUUUGAGUUGGACCAACUUUCCGAUCGCUUGGCCUCACACUUGAUCGCCUUUGGUGUUGGCCCCGGUACCGUCGUUCCACUUUGCUUUGAGAAGUCUAUGUGGCAUCCAGUGGCAGCUCUUGGUGUGAUGAAAUCGGGUGCUGCCUGUCUCUCAAUGGACUCGACUCAACCAGAAUCCAGACUGCAGUCUAUUGUGAGACAAGUCAACCCCCGGGUUGUUCUAGCAUCGGCCAAAACUGCUGGACUAGCUGGUCAAUUAUCUGAUGCUGAGGUCAUGAUUAUUGACCAAGAUUACCUAGACUUAGUGGCCAAAGAUAUUCUCACCCAGCCUUUGCCCACAGUUCACCCAUCUAAUGUGUUAUACGUGGUAUUCACCAGCGGCUCCACGGGAACACCUAAAGGCGUCGUGACUACACAUCAAAAUUUUGCAUCUGCUGCAGUGCAUCAGGCAGAGAUGCUGCGUAUUCAGCCAGGCACACGCAUAUUUGACUUUGUCUCUUAUAGCUUUGAUGUCUCAUGGUCCAACACACUUCAGACAUUGAUCCGCGGAGGCUGUCUUUGUAUUCCUGACGAGUUGGAACGUCGAAACGACAUCGCGGGGGCCUUCAAUCGCAUGAAUUGCAACUAUUCGUACUUCACACCCUCCGUGGUACAAUCUUUGGACCCAUUAAGCAUACCUGCACUCAAAACCUUGGCUAUGGGAGGAGAACCCAUUCCCACCACCGAGGUUGCUCGUUGGAAGCAGGCUGAGGCCGUCAUCGGCAUCUACGGUCCGGCUGAGUGUGCACAGGCCCUCACAUUCACUCUUCUCCGGCCAAAUGGACGUAACAACCAUGUAGGGUACUCAUACGGAGCCCGGACAUGGCUAGUGCAACCGGACCGUCCCGAUCGUCUGGCUGCAAUUGGCGCUGUGGGAGAGCUUCUCAUUGAGGGUCCCACAGUCAGUCGCGGGUAUUUUGAUGACUCUGACAAGACUGCUGCUGCGUAUAUCCAAAAUCCAUCAUGGUUGUUGGAAGGCGCACCAAGCAUUCUGGGCCGUCAGGCCACCCUAUACAAGACGGGUGACCUACUUCGAUACAACUCAGAUGGGUCGCUGGAUUUCCUCGGUCGUAAGGAUGGUAUGGUCAAGCUGCGAGGCCAGCGAAUUGAGCUGGCUGAAGUAGAAUACCAUAUCCGUGCUAACCUCCGCCAUCCUGAUCUAUGUGAUGGCCUUGCAGCAGAGAUUAUUACUCCCAACAACAGCAGUCCCAUUCUCGCCGUCUUUUUUGCCCUGUCCUCCCAUGGAGAGGCGCGGUCCGAGGAAGACACUUUAUCGAAACUGGCGCACUUGAUCGACGGUUUGGAGGAUAGGCUCUCCAAUUGUGUACCGCAAUACAUGAUUCCUGGUGCCUACAUCCCCAUCGAAAAGAUUCCAAUGACUACCACGGACAAAACAGAUAGAAGAACUCUACGGCAGUUGGGAGCUGUUCAAACUUUGGAGAAGCUGGCAAAACUACAAUCCCACGGGAAGACUCAUCGCGCACCUACCACAGCCAUGGAACAGAAAUUGCAAGUACUAUGGUCGGUGGUUCUUGGAAUGGAUGCAAACAUCAUCAAUGCCGACAGCAACUUCCUCAGAAUUGGUGGAGAGUCCAUCGCAGCCAUGCGACUGGUGGCCGCGGCACGAAAUUCGAAGCUCUCGCUCACAGUCGCGGAUAUUUUCAACGCGCCACGGCUCUCUCAACUCGCCCUUUUAGUGAAGGAAGCCGCGGAGGAGGAGUCUCUGCCACUGUUGCGUCCCUUCACUUUGCUCCAGGCCGAUGAUCCAAAGUCCUUCCUCACUCAGUUUGUCGAUCCUCUCCUCGACCCAGGGGCUGGGACUGUUAUUGAUGUACUUCCUUGCACCGACUUCCAAACUUGUGCAAUUUUAGAUGCUUUCCAAGACCCGCCCAGCCGAUUGCCUCAUUGGAUCUUCGACCUCCCAGCAGAUGUCGACUUCUCACGGUUAGAGCGGUCAUGCCACCAGCUAGUAGACCGUCAUGACAUCCUUCGUACAGUGUUCAUCCAAACACAAGGUCGAUUCUGGCAGGUCUUGCUCAACCAUUUGAAUCCCGCAUACGACAACUUCCAGGCAAAUCACGAUGAAGAUAUUACAACCUUCGUUGAUUCCAUUUGUGAGCUGGAUCGAAAAAGGAUUCGAGCCUUUGGCUCUUCCUUCAUUCGAUUCAUGGCAGUGCGGAGUCCCUCUGGGAAGCACCGACUCAUUUUCCGGAUCUCACACGCCCAGUUCGACGGCUUUAGCUGGGAUACGGUUCUCCGCAGUCUCUCUUCACUCUACUGCGGCGAAACUCUCUCUGACGAACCGAAGUUUGCCCAAUAUAUUGCUUACAGAGAGGACAAAAAGGCAGACGCCUUCACCUACUGGACAUCACGCCUUAAACAUACUCCAAAUCCUAACUGGAGUAGCAUUGAUUAUUCGAAAAGUGUGUACAGUACCAAGGACCGUCUGACCAUGAAAGCAACGGUUCCAAUGCCCGAAGGCCGGUUGGUUGAAGGGAUGUCGCCCGCGACUUUAUUCCAUGCAGCUUGUGCUAUGGUAUUGUCCCACCAGUACCAACAACCUCACGUUGUUUUUGGUCGACUUGUCACUGGCCGGUCGAUGCUACCGAGCAGUCUGCAAAAUGUGGUUGGUCCAUCUAUGACCGAGAUUCCUAUCAGCGUGCACAUUGACGACCAUGCUACUAUUUCUGGUGUUGCAUUGCAGUUGCAGCGUCAGCUCAUUGAGGAUUCCCGAUACGAAACCGCCGGGAUGGAAGAAAUUAUCCGGAACUGCACUAACUGGCCUGAUGACGCAAAAGACUUUGGCUGGCGGACCUCUUUCCAGCAAGAAGAUGAACGUAACUUCACUUUCCUUGGGACAGAAAGUCGGAUAUCGUUCUAUGAGGCAGACCUGCUGCCUCGAAACCGACCGGAAAUAUACGCUACCCCACGCGAUGGGAAGCUGGAUCUCGAAUUUGAGGGCAAUCGCCAGUUGAUCAGUGAGGAUCAUGUUCGAAGCUUUAUCCAAGGUCUGGAAAAGGUGUUGAGUGACAUUUGA